CCGAAGAAGCAGUAGGAAGUUCAUUCAGUGCAUUUGAGCCAUCUGGGCAUAUACUGGUGUCAGCGCUAAUAACCACCAGCUGCAAUAAAAACAUGAUUUCACUGAAGUGCUGUGUGUCUAUUCCAGCAGUGGCUGGAGCAUUAUUAGUGGGCCUCCCUUACAGUAUCUCUUUAGUUGCCCAAUGGCUCUAUGGCUGGCCUAAUAAACCAGUGCCAAAAUAUAUAGAGGCUCUCAAACCAAGGCGCAUAUACUGUCUGGCAAGAGCUGUGCUGGAGAUGCUGAAGUAUCUGCAGUACGGCAAACUGUACUUUCAGUGGAAACUGUGGUACAGUAAUGACAAAAAUAACAAGCAUUAUGUGAAAGGCAUCACAUUCGGUCGGCGAGGAAACAAGCUAGAUUUAUAUUAUUCACCAAGACUGGAGCUUUCCGAUGAGUCUCCUGUACCGGUGGUAGUGUUUGUCUAUGGAGGAGCCUGGGGAUCAGGAGAUCGCUCCAUUUACUGUUUGUUAGCCUUACAAAUGGCAAAAGAGCUUAAUGCAUCUGUUAUUUGUCCAGAUUAUUCCAUAUAUCCCAAGGGAAAUGUUUUAAACAUGGUGCAAGACAUUAGUGACAGUCUGCUGUGGGUGAGACAAAAAGGACAUGCAUUCUGUCUUGAUCAAGACAACAUAAUAUUAAUCGGUCAUUCAGCAGGGGCUCAUCUGUGUGCCCUCACCACACUGUUUUUAGCCAACAAUGUAGAAGAGCUCUACAUUGAGACCAACAAACAGAGAGAUCUGGUAUCUGCCAUUAAAGGAAUCAUCGGUCUCAGUGGAGUUUACAGCAUAAUGGAUCAUUAUAACCAUGAGAAAAUGCGGGCUGUUGAAUACGUGUCAACUAUGCACAAAGCCAUGGAUGGUGUGGAGAACUUUGAUUAUUAUUCACCAACCUCAUUACUCAAGAAAAUGAAGGAGGAUCAGUUGAAACGGGUUCCUCCAAUGGCUUUGUUUCAUGGUACCAAUGACAUCAUAGUUCCUGUUGAAUCAUCCGUGAGAUUCUCUGAGCUCCUCACUUCCCUUUCUAUCCGGAUGUCUCUGUAUCUUAUUCCUAAAAUGAACCACACUGACAUGGUCACUGAUCUUAUGGCUCCGGACAGACACUUUUACCACACUGUUUAUGGCUGUAUUAAACAUGAGUACAGUAAAUUUCAGACUCAUACUGACUGAUUGAUAUUUUUCAUUAAAGUAAUGAAAUUAAUAUAAUUUUUCAAUGCCAUACAGUCACAGUCUUUUAAAUGUAGCAUGUUAUUUUUCAUUUCGCUGUAAGUUGACACAUUGUGAACUUACACAAGUGCAGUUUUUUCUAUUGAAGAAACCGUUUUCAAUAACUCACUAUACAUAAUGGUAAGGUAAAAACAUGGUAGGUCUGUGCUUGUUAAUUUAUUGUGUAUAUUCAUACAUAUAAUUUACCUGUGUAAAUAAUACAAAUAAAAUAUAAAUAAUAUAUUCUAAUAUUUUAUCAUCAGGUUUGUGUUUUACUGUUGUCCUCACUUAUGUCAUUCACAUUUUCCUUGUC